AUGUGGCUCGACAGGUUAACGUCACAAACGAGUACUCCGGGAUCAUCGUCACAGCCUGCCCGGUCCUACUCGCCAAUGCCACGACGAACCUCUGGGAGUCUCAAUCCCUACAUAACAUCCCAAAGGCCCGGCCAAACUCCCAGAGGCUCGACACUCUCGCUAAUCUCGGAUGCUUCGACGACAUCUCUUCUCGGCUGUGGCAAAAAAUCCAACAGCUCUUUCCCAAAGCCCUCGGGCCCCAGCGCCUCUCGUUCUCCGCCCGAGGAAAUAUUACAAAAGUUACUCGAGGCCACAGUUACGAAAGAUGUCUUUGACAGUUGCGCUUUGCAUUCCAUUACGCAAGGUGAUCUCAACUCUGCCUUUGACUUCGGAGACCUACCUCUGCGAGAUAUUGCGGCGGGACGUCCGCAAGGGUCGGAUUUGGGCAGCACGCCGCGGAUCACCCAAGAGUUUGAAAGCGAUAGUGGAGCUCUUGAGACGCUACGCCGUUCUAUUGCAGAGUGCGAUGAUGUCCUCGGCUCAGUGGAAGCAAACUUUACUAGCUUUCGGAACGACCUCGCCGCCGUCUCUGCGGAUAUUGAGACGUUACAGUGCCGGUCAGCGGCACUAAACGUUCGAUUAGAAAACAGAAAAGGAAUCGAAAGUGCUCUUGGUCCAGUUAUAGAGGAACUAAGUGUCUCUCCGGCUAUCGUAGCUAAAGUUGUCGAGGGCCCAAUAGACGAACACUGGAUUAAAGCGCUCCAGGAAGUAGAUAAGAGGGUCCUCGCCUAUCGGAGGGAUACGAGUGGCACCAGGCAAAGCAAGGCCUGGUCUGAUUUAGGCCCGUUGCUGGAUAAACUGGUUGUCAAGGCUAUUGAAAGGAUCCGGGACCAUUUAGUUGCUCAAAUCAAAGCUCUUCGGUCUCCUAAUAUCAACGCCCAAGUUAUCCAACAACAAAACUUCCUACGUGUUAAAGACGCAUACGGCUUCCUCUAUAGGCAUCAUCCGACCCUUGGGGAUGAAAUUUGCCUGGCAUAUAUGAACACUAUUCGCUGGUACUACCUGAGCCAGUUCUCGCGCUACCACCAGGCGCUAGACAAAAUCAAGCUUCAUGUGUUGGACAAGUACGACGUUCUUGGGCAUGAAGAUGCUUCUCGAAAGCCAUCACUUUUAGCGACGGCAAAACCAGCCGGCCCACAACAUGAUGCUUUCAACCUCGCUCGCCGCAUAGACAUUCUCAAGAUGCGAACCCAAACGGCACUGCCGUCCUAUCUCGCUGAAGAGAGCAAGACGACCAAUUACCUUGAAGUCCCGUUCCGUAACUUCAACCUCGCGUUGAUAGAUAACGCCACGACCGAGUACACCUUUCUUUCGAACUUCUUCUCCCCACCAAUGACGCUAUCUAAGAUCGCAAAACAUUUCGACUACAUUUUCCACCCAACAUUCGCACUUGGCCAAGCAUUGACAAGGACCAUCGCCGGUGACACGUAUGAUGCGUUAGGUCUUCUCCUCUGCAUUCGACUCAACCAGCAUUUUGCUUUCGAAUUACAGCGUCGCAAAGUGCCUACUAUGGACGGCUACAUCAACGGCACAAAUAUGCUUCUGUGGCCUAGGCUGCAGCUUGUUAUGGAUCAUCAUUGCGAAUCUGUUCGGCAAUUGACGGACUCUACCACCUCUCGGCCGGUUGUGCGCUCCGCCAGCGAACAAGCGAAGCUCUCGGUAGCUCCGCACGUCGUCACUCAGCGCUUCGGACAGCUCCUCCAGAGCAUUUUGUUGCUAUGCGCAGAAGGUGGAGAUGAUGAACCUCUCAUGUCUAGCAUUCGCCGUCUGAGGGCCGAGGUCGAGGCGUUUCUUGCAAAGCAGACGAGGCUGUACAGUGACAAGCGAAAACAGGAGCGUUUUCUUUAUAAUAACUACUCUCUCAUCGUCACCAUUAUUAGUGACACGGAGGGUAGAAUGGCGAUGGAACAGCAGAGGUACUUUGAGACCCUGAGGGAUUCGUUUCAAGAGGCAUUGGCCUCAUGA